AUGGCGGCGGCGGCAGCGGCAGCGGCAGCACCUUCGUCAGGAGGCACAGGAAACAACACAGCUGCGACGACGACGACCAGCCGGUUCGCGGCAGCGUGCGGCACGCUGAGCCAGUACGUCAGGGCGGCGGAGGCCGAGAGGACGCGCGCGCGGCCGCCGGUGGUGCGGCCCCUGCCCCUCAUGCCGGGAGCUGACGUCGAGGACCAGCAGGAGGAGCCGGCAGAAACGGCGGCGGCGCAGCUGACCAUCGUGUACGGCGGGCGGGCGCUGGUGCUCGACGAUGUCACGGCGGACAAGGCGGCGGACCUGCUGCGGUUCGCCGCGGCGGCGGCACGGAGCAGGCGCUCUCCUGCUCCUCGGUCGCCGACCUACCCGUGGCCAGGAAGGCGUCGUUGCAGCGGUUCAUGGAGAAGCGCCAGGGCAGGGUCGCCGCCCGCGCGGAGCCGUACCGCCGGCCCGGUGACCAACGCGACCAUCUCACGCUCGCGCUGUGAUCUGAGAGCUAGUCUCGGCGUUAGCUACCUAACUAGCUAG